AUGUCAGGUUCAAUCCUCCAUCCUUUCGAUCCUCUUAGUGGAGAGGAAAUUCGCCUCGCUACCUCUAUUGUUCGCAAAGAGCAUGGCGAUGCAGUCCACUUCCACGUCAUAACGCUCCAGGAGCCGCGCAAGGCUGAGAUGGUCGCCUGGCUUGCCAAUCCAUCCAGCGGCGCCAGGCCUCGACGUGUUGCUGAAGUUGUUAUUAUUGAUCCCAGAGAUGGGAAAGGCCAUGUCUACGAUGGUCUCGUUGACUUGAAGAGUCAAAGGAUCACAAAGUGGGAGCGCGCUGAAGGACAGCAGCCUAUCCUCAUCGUCGAAGAAAUGCUCGAAGUCGAACAAGCGUGUCGCAAAGACCCUCAAGUUAUCGAGCAAUGCCGAAUUAGCGGAAUCGCCGCAGACGAGAUGCACAAAGUCUACGCCGACCCAUGGACCAUCAGCCACGACACUCGAUACGGUAGCAGCACACGCUUGUUCCAAGGCCUGAUGUACUUUCGCCCAGAUGUCGAUAACUGUCAAUACCAAUAUCCUCUUGACUUCCAUCCGAUCUAUGAUCCCAGGAAGAAGGAGGUUAUCGCUAUCGAUAUUCCUCGCGUUCGACGACCUCUCCAGAGAAACAAGGCGGUGGAUUAUCAUCAUCUGUAUAUCCAGAAGGAGGGUGGUUAUAGAAAGGACUUGAAGCCGAUUUACAUCUCCCAGCCAGAGGGCGUUUCGUUCAAUGUCAACGGAAGGGAACUAGAGUGGCAGAAUUGGAAGUUCCAUAUUGGCUUCAAUUAUCGUGAGGGCAUUGUAUUCAAUAACAUCACCUUCAACGAUAAGGGAAAUGUCAGGCCAAUCUUCUAUCGCAUGUCUCUUUCCGAGAUGGUCGUUCCCUAUGGUCACCCCGAGCCUCCUCAUCACCGCAAGCAUGCCUUCGAUCUGGGCGAGUAUGGUGCCGGUUAUCUGACAAACAGUCUCUCACUUGGCUGUGACUGCAAGGGUGCCAUUCAUUAUCUCGAUGCAGAGCUGCCAACUCAGACCGGUCAGAUCCGCAAGAUUGAGAAUGCCAUAUGCAUCCAUGAAGAAGACGAUGGUAUUCUGUUUAAGCACACCGACUUCCGAGACAACUCAACUAUCGUCACACGUGCUCGAAAGCUUAUUGUUCAGCAUGUCUUUACUGCUGCCAACUACGAGUAUGCCAUUCAAUGGGUGUUCCACCAGGACGGAACAAUCCAGCCUGAUAUCAAGCUCACCGGUAUCCUCAACACCUAUGUCAUGAACCCCGGUGAGGAUCUUCAAGGCUAUGGAACACAAGUCAAGAAGGGUGUCAACGCCCAUAAUCACCAGCAUCUCUUCCUUCUUCGUAUCAACCCCAGUAUCGACGGGCACGAGAACACGGUCCACAUGGUUGAUGCCGUACCUUCGGAUGCCCCAGUUGGCAGCCCAGACAACCUCUAUGGAAACGCCUUUUAUGCUAAGCGCACUAGACUCGAGACGACAGGCCAGGCUAUAACUGACUAUAACGGUGCUACAUCUCGCUCCUGGGAUAUUGUCAAUGAGAACAAGCUCAACUCUGAGAGUGGCAAGCCUGUCUCGUAUAAGCUUGUCAGCCGAGAUGUGCCGAACUUGAUGCCCAAGGAGGGUUCUCUUGUAUGGAAGAGAGCAUUUUUUGCUCGUCAUGCUGUUCAUGUGACCAAGUAUGCGGAUGAUCAGCUCUGGGCCGCUGGCAACCACGUUGCUCAGACAUCCGGUGAGCCUUCCAGAGGCCUCGGGGCUUGGAUUGGCGACGGUAGCAAGAGCGUCGCUAAUACUGAUAUCGUCCUAUGGCACACGUUUGGUAUCACGCAUUUCCCCGCUCCAGAGGAUUUCCCAGUCAUGCCCGCUGAGCCGAUUACACUCUUGCUCAGGCCCCGUCAUUUCUUCACCUGUAACCCAGUCAUGGACGUGCCUCCUUCUUACUCAGUCACUCCCAGUGAAGUGGCUGCUAAGAAGGCUGGAUUUGAUACCACUGAUAAAGUUAGCAAGCUGGCGGCUAUGAAUGAUUCGUCGUGCUGCAAGCCACCUAAGCUGUAG